UAGUGGAAGCUGUUCAAGGUCAUCAGAAUGAAGAGCAUUAUUGUGUUAUGUUUUUUGGCAUUAGUUGCAUUUGCCGCAGCUCGCCCGGAUAAAUACACAGACCGUUUCGACAAUAUUAACAUUGACGAGAUUUUGAGUAACCGAAGGUUAUUAACAGCUUACAUUUCGUGUGUGCUUGAAAAGGGCAAAUGCACUAACGACGGACGUGAAUUAAAAUCUCACAUUAAGGAUGCAUUGGAAAACCGCUGUGAGAAAUGUACCGAGGUUCAACGUAAUGGAACAAGAACUGUUAUCCGCCAUUUGAUCAACAACGAACAGGGUUACUGGGAUCAACUCGUCGCUAAAUACGACCCACAACGUAAAUAUGUUGCCAAAUAUGAGAUGGAACUCAGGGCUAUCAAAGCGUAAAGAGAAUAAAUAUGGGAACCUCUUUGAUAGAGGUUAGAUAUAACUUAGUGUUACAUCUACAUUGUGUUGAAGUAAAGACUUAUCUAUAAAUAUUUGCCGCUAUGAAUAUAAAUAAACUUAUUUUUAAUUAAUCAAAAAAAAGAUUAUCGCUAUAAUGAUGACGGAAAAAGGUAAACCUUUGUUUAACUAAACGAAAGAAGGCCGAAACUGUUUGUAAUGAAAAGUUAACUUUGUUCAAAUAUUAAAAGUACGAUUUUUCUUAUUUAGCAUUAUUUUAUUUUUCAAUUUACUGUUGUGUUAAUUGAAUUUAAACAAAAUUCAAUUAACAAAACAUUGAAUAUUAACCGGAAAAUAGAA